GGACAGUACGGGAAAUGUACUAGACUGUUUACUUCCGGUAGAAAAAAAAUUGACGUUUAUUUCUAAAGUUUCUGUUUCAUUUUUAUCAAAAAUGGGUUGUGAUGGUGGAACAAUACCUAGGCGUGAUGAAUUAGUCCGUACAAAACAAAAGCCAGAGCAGAAAGAUAAGACAGCAGAUUUAGCAGCAAAAUGGAAGCACUGUGCAAUAACUCAGGACCAACUCAGAGAACCUGUGAUGGCUUGUGAACUUGGAAGAUUGUACAAUAAAGAAUCAGCCCUUGAGUUUCUGAUUGACAGAACAAAGUUUGAAUGUGCACCAAGUUUUGAACACCUUCGCGGCUUAAAGGACUUGAAGCAGUUGAACCUGACAGAGAACCGUAACUACUCUAAUUCCAAGUCAGAGAAGGGUGAUGCUUACAUCGACACACAAGAUGCUAAAUAUAUCUGUCCUGUUGUUGGGCUGGAAAUGAAUGGCAUGCACAAGUUUUCCUACCUAUGGAGCUGUGGAUGUGUGUUGUCAGAGAGGGCACUGAAAGAGGUCAAAGGUGAUACCUGUCAUAAAUGUGGUAAAGUGUUUACAGAGAAUGAUAUAAUCCCACUGAAUGGUAGUGAUGAUGAGUUAGAUGCAUUACAUACACGGAUGGAGGAGAGACGUUUACAGCAAAAACUUGACAAGAAAGCAAAGAAGUCAAAGAAACAGAAAUGUGAAACUGCCACAUCAUCAUCUGCUGCUGAUGCAGAGAGUGGGCCAAGUUCAAGUAAAAAGGCAAAACUGGAUGCAACAGAUUCCAAACUUACCAAUGGCUUUAAUGGAGAUUCAAAACUGACCAAUGGGAACAAAGGAGAUUCAAAACUUACCAAUGGCAGCAAAGGGUCAAAGUUCACAGCUGAAGAUUCUAAACAAAAACUGACCAAUGGGAGCACAGUCAGAAAUUUGAAUGACAAAAUGGACCUACACAAACCUGGAAGUAUACAAAAAGACCCAAAAGCUAGUACGGCUUACAAGUCAUUGUUCACAUCCAGUGAUAAAGCUAAAAAUCAGAUGAAAGGUCAUUGGGUCACUUCUAAUCCUUACUGGAUGUGAAUUACAUAGAAAAUGGGAUUGAAAAGGAAUCUAGCAAAAAAAAGGAAAAUUUAAAUUAAUACAGAUUUUUUCUAACAACAUCAGAUUGUUUCCAGAAAUUCAUUGAAAGUUUUAGAAUUUAACAGCAGUGCAUCAGCAGAAGAAGUUCUUUUGUUUUAAGCUAAACAUUGUUAUAAUACAACUUUUGCAAUUUAUGUGGUAACUUUAAAAAAUAUAUAUUGUGUAAAAAAAAAAACCACACCAAAAAACUAAAAAACUGUUUUUUCUUUUGCAGAAAAAGUAAAUUUUCAAAACUUGUAUCUUCAUACGACUUAAUUUCUGCUAUAGAUUAUGCAUCUAGAAUAUUGGAAAAUAAUAGCAGAUUUUCUCUUUUAAAUUAUUAUAACAUGGAUUUUACUUUCUCUUAAUUUAACGGUACAUUGUGUAUGUUUAUUUGUUUUUAAAUCUAAAAGGUUAGAGAUAACUGUAAAAAAUUCUUGUGACAUGAUUUAGGUAAAUAAAGUUUUAAAAUGUU